UUGGCCACUUCCCCUGGCUUCAUCACAGCCCUGGUCAUGGCUAGAAGGGAUACAGCUUUUGUCAAAUUAACGUCAAAAGUAGACAUUUUGGCUAACACAGACUCUUUUCCAAAACUAAACCCAAUUCUCCUAACCUGCUACGAAAAGUCUUCAUCUGACAAAAGCUGUGUCCAUCUAGUCAAAAACCCUCCGCUCCCCUCCCACUUUUGUUGGUCCGCGAGGAAGUCGCAAGAUGGCUGACAUCGGUUGGAAGUAUGCUCUCUUCCUCAACAUGAAGUCGUGAGUUUGGAAGUAAGCGAGGGAGGCACUAUCAGGCGUUUGUUUUUAUUUAAGUUAUUUUAUUUCUCCAAACAGGCCAUUUCAUUCCGCGUCGUGUCUAUCCCAGAGUUGUUUUUGCGAGUUGASCCGCCGUCAGCCACGCCGGGGUCCCAUCUAGCUAAAUUAGCUACAGCAGUUAACGUUAGCUAAAAGCUACUGUAAGUUAGAUGGCUAACGUUAGCAAAAUAUGAAUUAGCUAUCACAUUACCUAGCACUUGCAAUUUGAACUAGUCUAACAUAAAUAGUUGAGCUGUCAGGUUAAGAAUUUCGCGGUAGUCAUGUUCGCUACCUAGAUAAUUCGCAGGGUUUCUUCGUGGGAAUCAGGAUUAUAACUUUGGAGUUGGAAGCAUCGCCCAAAUCAUAACAUAACUAUAGAUGGCCAGUCAGCUCCCAAUAACAUUUAAGGUGUUCGUUAGCUAGUUAGGAGUAGUUAACGAGCUAAACUUUAGUUGCUUUGCUGGUAGUUUAACGUUACCACUAUACUGCUAGGGAUGUACACACACGACCAAAUGUAGAAGAUUGGCUUGGCACAUUAACGUUACAGCUAGCUAGCUACGUAAGUCAAGUUUCUAACCAACUUGGCUGCUGAAAAAWUUGCUACCUUGCUAGCGAACUAGCUGUUGGAAAGUGAACAUCCUGACCUGGCCAACUGGCUUCCUAGGCUACCUAGCCUUUGCAAGGUUGGUCACUCGUCGUGUCAGAGUUGGGGGGGGUGGCAACUAGCUAGCGGCAACAACAGUCGUGUAGUCAGUCAGUUACACUGUCAGAGAGACAAGUUAGAUAGCCACCUGGUUCUAGCUAGCUACGGUCUCGACACUCACAUCCGCUAUCACCACGGCGUUCCGAACGUACCCCGAGCCCUCCCCCGGCCAGACCCACCGGCUCAACAACACCGGGAUGGGCGUGCAGGGCUUCCAGGAGUAUCUGGAGAAACGGUGUCCCGGGGCUUCCAUCCCCGUGGACCUCCUCAAACUAGGCCGUACUGCGGGGCGCCAGCACCCGCACCAUCACCCCGGCCCUCUGCCCCCUCCACCACCGGCCCGGAUACUCAUCGACGCUGACUCCGGCCUGCAGCGUCUGUACGGCGGCUACCAGACUGACUGGGUGUGCGGCGGGGAGUGGAACGCCAUGCUGGGAUACCUGGCCGCUCUGUCCCAGGCUUGUAUGUAUCAGGGUGGGCUGGAGCUGGUCGUGGUGUUCAACGGAACCCUGGGGAAGGAGCGGUGGCCGGAGUGGGCGCGCCGGGCCCAGGGGCAACGCCAGACGGCCCAGCUCAUCGUUAACCACGUCGGCAGUAAGGCCACCCCGCCUCCCCGCGCCUGGUUCCUGCCCCCAGCCUGCCUCAGUCACUGUGUCCGCCUCGCCAUGUUCCGCUUCAGAGUGCGGGUUGUCCAGACGUUGGAGGACCACCACCAGGAGGUGCUGUCCCUCUACAGGGACUUUGGUUUCUGCGGCCUGAUCGCCCAGGACUCAGAGUUUGCCCUCUGCAACGUGCCUGCCUACUUCUCCUCUCAUGCCCUCAAACUGUCCUGGAACGGCAAGAACCUGACCACCCAGCAGUACCUGCUCUCUGAAGCUGCCAGACAGCUGGGUCUGAAGACACAACACCUGCCCUGCUUCGCUGCACUGCUGGGGAACCAUAUUCUCCCUGAUGAGGACCUGGCUGCCUUCCACUGGAGCCUUUUAGGACCACAACACCCCCUGGCCUCGCUCAAGGUGCGUGCCCACCAGUUGGUGCUGCCUCCCUGUGAGGUGGUUAUCAAGGCGGUGUCAGAGUAUGUCUCCUCCAUUAAAGACCUGGGGAACCUCGACGCUGUCGCCAGGGACGUCUUCAAACAAUCACAGUCUCGUAUGGAGGAUAAGGUGGAGCGCUUUAAGAAGGCUGUGGAGUAUUUCUCAUCUGCCUCUAAACCCCGCCCACUCUCCAUGGGACCCUCCCCCUACCUUUGGUUUGGUCCGGCUCCUUUUGGCAGUCUUCCUGGCCACAUGGGGGCAAUGCAGCCGGGAACGAACCAGGGGGUAAAACCAGCCUAUCGGAAUGCUCCGUGUGGACCAGGCCACGCCUCUCUGUUCCAGAACCUUCCCCCCCUGCCGGACUGCAACGAUUCGCUGUCUGGGACAAUGGGCUACACGGAUUGGUCGGCUCCAUAUGACCAUGGAGGAAGUAGAUUAACGAAUCACCACACGUCCGCUCCCUCUGGCCCCUCCCACUCGCCAUCAUCUUCCUCCGAUGGAGACGAACCAAACGACAACAGCCAGUAAGACACCUGUUACACACACACCUGUUA